UAGAUUUAGCAUGUAUAUUGUAAACAUGAAACACGAAGUUUGUGGAUGAUGCACGAUAAAAGACAGGUGAUGCCCGUUACACAUGAACAUUGAUCGAUGGAGUUAAUUUCAAUCUCCAAUUCCUGCAUCAAAGAGAUUGCCGUGAGAUGAUUAAAAAAUGAGUGACUCGGAGAGUGAAAAUGAAGAUAGGGUUCUGUCCGCCAAGGAUGUCUACCUGUUAAUGAAGAAAGAUUAUAGGAUAUCAAGAAACAUCAGGGCUUCAUGGUUUUUUCGUAACUUGAACUCAGUUUUGGAAUUUUCUCCAGAGACAUGCUUGGAGGAGACAACCCAGGAGCUGACAGUGGUAGGGGUGAGGGUGGAGGAGGAGGCAGUGGUGGCCUUCAGGAACUCCCCCAAUUCCUCCCCCUCAGAGACCCAGGGUACCUGCUCCAGAUUCCGCCUUGUUCCGUCCACUGUCGUCCAUUUCGUGGCCAAGAGAUACAGACUGGUCUUUGUGUUGGACUUCAGCCCUUCCACUCUCUCUGUUGACCUGAAAACUGGUGAAGUCUUAGCUGAUAAGAUAUAUGACAGUUUGAAGAAAUGUCUGCAAGGAUUGGUUAAACCAUUUCCUCUGCCAGGCACCAACCUGUUGUUUGAGACGGAGCUGUUUAUCACUGUUAUAGCCCACACUCCUAUGGUCGUCUGUACAACCAAUCAGGUGUUGGUCCAGGGCAUCAGAGUGACAGCGGCCAAUGUGGGGAUGGUUUUAGACAUGGUGAGGACAGGACUGCUGGUGUUUGAACAGAGCUUGUACAACGACAUCAACCCUCCCACCCCAGACACUACAAUGUUUGAGGAAAACUCCAGAAAGACAGACAGUUUACACCGCGAUCAGAAGCCGCGGACCAGAAACAAGUCGGCGGAGUUGGCGAUUAACCCAGAGGCAGGCAUCAUCAACCUCCUGCGGCAGGGAUUCUUUGCUCUACAGCUGCUGCCUGAGAACUCCAGUGCAGGGAUUGUGGUGGUGACUGAUGGAAUGCUGGGGGUGACGGAUCUGAACCUGUUCGACUCGUUGCUGGCUCAGCUCAGGAGCAGCACCAUCGCCUGCUCGUUCCUGCGGAUUGGACAGACUCAGUGUGCUCGCUGUAUCUUUGGAUUGGUGCCCCACGUAGAACUCCUGCAGUUUAUAGCCUCCGCUACUUUUGGGGCCUAUCUAGGGGAUCCACAGAGUGAGAAUGAAGACUACCAUAGAGAUCUACUGAUUUGGAGCUUCCAGAAGUCUUCCAGGGAACCCCUUCAUUUUCAGCAUGAGCGCAGUAAUAUUUGUUCCUACAUCAAUGUCUAUGCACACCCUCUAAAGGAUCGGCCUGACCUGAUUCCCAUCGAGCGUAAGAAGCAGAUGGACGUCAAGCUGAGUACCUCCCUGUUCAGCGUACUGUCCGUCCGGCUGAGGGAGGGUUUCACCCUCAGAAAUGUUAUCCUCAGAGGAGAAACUCAGAUUAAGGUGGAGCUGGCUCUGUUGUGGAGGGACUAUGUCAAAAUAGAGUACCACGUCACAGCAGCCUGGCCGGCCGACCACUCAAAACAACAACUGUCACAUGUGGAGAUGUUUGUGGAAGGGAGUUAUGAUUUUCUACAUGACGCUUUCUCCGACGAAUGUGCUCUCAAGCAGGCGAGAUGGAGUUCUAUCCGCAACAACAGUAUAAAGAAGUUCCUAAUAGCACUAACAAAACUCCGACAGAGUGACCUGUUGCUGACUCAUCUCCAGAGUUUUCCAUUGAAUCCUGUCAACUACAAGCUCCCUGACAGCAUCAAGAAUGGCCUGUCUCUGUUCUACACCAGCCAGCAAUCCAGUACCCCCAAUCUCAACGCACAGCACAACACCAAAGAUGCUGUGUUUAACCAGUUUGUCAAUUUUUGGAAGCCAGUAGUUCAUUUGGAUACAAAGAUAUGGCAGAAGUGGAUGCACAGCCAUCGGAUAGGAAUGGUGUUGGAGCACGAUACUCUGUCCAAGUACCUCCACAUCCCCGACUCCUGUGGACGCUUCAACUUUGUCUUCUGUCGGCAGGCUCAGCUGGCCCUGCAGACGCUGCUCCAGAGCUGGAGUACUUUUGUUCUGGUGGAGAAUACGGCUUAUGUCAAGUACCUGUAUGAGGGAGCAUCACAGAAUUCAAAAGAGAAAGAGAAACCAACUCAUUUUCUGCUUCUGAGAUUGUCCACAUCAAAACUGCCAUGCUUGACGAUAAAAGCGGCUUUUCUAGGGGGAACCUCAGGCUCAAAGAGAUUCAAAGUGCUGAAAGAACUCAAGGCAAAGGUGUUUGCCCUGAAGUUUAAGCAGGGUGGGUCCCAGAUAGACAAGAGCAAGAAAUUCCCCAAAGUGGACGGGGAGAAGGCCGUGAUGAGAAAGCCACCACUGGACCGAGACGGGUCAGAGACCCCGUGCUGUGUGAUGCUGACCAAGCCCAUGGAGAAUAUUCUUAUCAGUUAUGAGAGGGUGCCCAGUGACAUGACGAUCCUGGAGGAUCCAUCGCGAUAUUUUCCCAGUCAUAUGACCUCUCAGCAGAUCGCUAACAAAACGGUGCUGGCCAACGCCUUCAACACUCUGUCGCGCUACCUGUAUCACCAGCGCUGGAUUUGGACCAUCAAGCAGGGCAAGGUGGACAUCAGCAUGCAGGCGGUGGGCAGGAUUCUGUCCACGCUCACCAAGAUAAGGCUACAAGAGGGAUUCCAUUUUGCCUCCAGUAAUUCUGGGAUCAUUAAUAUGGUUUUGGAGACGGAUAUGAAGCACCCAGAGUCAGGCAGUAGUUCGGGGUCAGAUGUGGGGUGCUGUGUGGUGCAGUAUGUGAUGUUCCCUCCCCAGGUUAAAACUUCAUGUACCAGUGUAUCUGAGGAUGAAAUAGACAUGUAUGAGCUAACAGAAGCAGACGGCGACCUCCAGAUUGUCACCGAAUGCUGGGUAGAGCCUCAGUAUGGAGUGGUCGUCAAUAGCACCCCGGAGCGCCAACACUGGGAGGGGCUGACCUACAAACAAAUCGCCCGCGCAUUCUACCCCAAAGACCUGGAAUGUGUGUCUAGUCUUGUUACCUUCGAGAACUUGCAGUAUGUGUGUCAGAACCCAGCUGUGUUUGAAGUCCUGCCAUGGCUACCUGAAGGAAGUAUUUGCAGUAACACUGUGUCCAGCUCUCCGUACGAUGAGGAGCAGCAGAAGGGCCCCCUCCUACCUAACAUCCACCUGAUGCCCCUGGUGUUUGACGUUCUCUCACUGGUGCCCAGGAGCCAGCAAGCUGAGAUGCUCUUCUCUUCCUUCACCUUGGUGGAAGAGACAGAUGAAACAUUUAAAGACAUCAAGGGGUCCAACAAUCUUCUGCUUUCAUUGUUAUUUGACAAGAUGAAGGACAGGAAGGAGCGAGAGAUUCCUUUGAACCUCUCAGAUUCCAAAAGAUUCCUGCAAAUCUUAAGUGAGAGACCAAGAAACAGAGAUAAAUAUCCUUUUGAUAUCAGUACAUUUAAUACGUCUACAAGAAGUAGUGUGUCUAUUGAUCCAAAUACUCAAAGUAAGUCAUCUCAGAUGGAGAUGAUGGAUGAGAUUCCAUUGUGGAAGUGUUUUGUGUCUUCUGCAUGCACCAGCAAGCUUUUCAUGAAAUUCAUCCCAGCAUCUUAUGAAGAUUUGCUGAAAUUGCAUAGCGCUAAUUUAGACACAAAACGAGACUCGUUGUCAGUAACAACAGAUCUUUUAAAAGAUACUCAUAAAGCUGUAGAAAAGACAAAGGAAAUUGUUCAGCAAACAGCAGAAAAAGUAGAGGAGGAAGGCACUGAAGAAGAAGUAACAACUGAGAGUGAGACGGAUAAGGAGGAUACGGGGGAUGUGGAGGAGGAGGCUGUCUCCACGUCUUAUGUAAUACCAGUGUAUGUUUAUGAAUGUCAGAUGAACAACAUUACUGACUCCUUAGUCAACCCCUGGAACUACACGAAUAAAGAGGACUUAUUUGAAGAUGUGACUUUUGAAAGAGAUGAGGAGGUGAAGAAUCCAAUGUUUAAGAAGUUGUCUGUUGACGUAAGCGCAGACAGCCGUGCGGCCGAGGGAGAAGGGUUAAGUCCAAUCAGACCCCACCAUGAGAGACGCACAACUGAAAACAGCGACACCACGGAUGAUCUAAUGCAACAGUGUAUUGAUCUGAAAGAGAACUACUGCAGCAGUUUCCUGAAUGGAGUUUUUCAGAGUUUACAGCAGGGCUUUCCAAUGGAUCAUCAUGACAUUAUGGCGGCCGUUAACAACAUCUGUGAGGAGACAAACCCCAUUGAGAUCGACACCACAUCCUUUCUGCAUGCUUCUUGUCGCCACUUUCAGCAGCUGCUGAAGGAAGCAGAAACCACGGUGGUGGUAGCGGAGAGUGCUGAACUCCGAGAGGACGGCCUAAAGAGACAGACAUCUGUCAGGUUCGCUGAUGAAGUGGAAGGAGAACUGCAGACUAGUCAGUCUAUUCCCUCAGCGCUUCAUAUUCCCCGGGGGCGUAUUCGCCUUGUCCCUCCUUCCCUUUCAGAGAAAUGUGAGACUUACCCCGGCCUCCAUGACAUCAUUAGAAACAAGUUCCUGGACAUUGUCAAUAAAUGGUUCAAAGUGGUGCCAUCUGCUCAUGAUUACUAUUUUUACUGUCCUGAUUACUCCCCCAUGGACAACAAUAAUGAGGAUAGUGACACCAGAAAUGUGUCUGACCAUUCUGACAUAGUCAAAUCAGAAGCAAUUAAAACAGAAGAGCUGCUGGAUGACAGCAUUGGAUUUCAAGAACUGGAGCAAGACUCUGACCAGAAAAACAAUCCGGAUCUGGCCUCUAUCGCGUCACAGCUAGAUUCCAAUGAGACGCUGUCCUUGGUUGAUUCGGAUUAUGACUUCUGCGAGGAGAUACAGCAGGCGGAGAAUGACGACGAUUCCAUACCUCUGUUCCUUCACUUUACCUGCACUGUCAAAAGUGGAAUAGAAUAUGAGAAUAUCUCUGUGAAGAAGCUAGUGCCAUGUAUAGAGGAGUUUUGUGGGACAGAGGAAAUAUCUGCCAUGGAGUUGAACUUGUCUGACCUGAAGAUAACCCUGGACAUCAAUUGUCUGACCAGUCCCUCCGAGAUGGAUUUUGAGAACACACGGAGACCUUCGUAUUUCCGGGCGUCCUCCUACAACUCGGUGAGCAGCGAGCAGUCCCCACGAGUCUCCGAGUGUGAGAAUACAGAAGUGGAAAGUUCCUACGAUCCUGGUCACCAGACAGGAGGGGAUCCUUUAGCCAAUCUACCUGUUCAGCAACACAAUGCUGUCAUAAAAUGCAAGGAAGAGGUGGAGUGGUUACUUAAAGACGAGGUGGCUUCGUCACUUCGACACAGAAUUCCAAUCAAGAGGGAUGCCCUUCAGUAUGUAACAGAGCACAUCAAGAAUUCAGCCUACAAAGGAAAGCCCACUUGUUCCUUCGAGAGCAUACCCCUCCAUUUUGUGUACGGCUCAGAGUGUAGUUUGAAUAAGUUCAGAGAGGAGUUUGAGCGUUUACACAUGCAUGGCUUUCGACUGAUCAAAGAGGAAGACUUCUACUUUGCUGUAAGGCUGAAGAGCCAUGUGAUUGGACAGGCUUUGAAGCACGCUUUGGUGGAGCUGAGUAAAGAGAUCACCCCCGCCACUCAGAGCGCCUCCCUGGACAGUCUUCCAGACCAAGCAGAGUUCAGCUUCCUGUCCAAAGAGGCGGGUGUUCUGAGGACCUCUGUUCCACCGAGGUUUUCGUCCCCAGAGGCCUUUAGGAAUGCUGGUCACCAGAGACAGUUUUCCUCGGAUGUCAGUGGAAGUGACGAGUACCCUUCUCCAGCCAUUAGAUUGGACCGAGUCAGUUUCGAAAAGCAAAUUUCGCCAGGCGGAACAGUCGAACUUCACCAGAGGAAGGAGAUUACGGAUAGUAAUUUUCUUUCCAGUGAUUCAAAACAAAGUGACUCAAGAAGAAACUCGAAAGAGUCCUCUGCCAGUCAGACAUUCUGUUUCAGUGCAAGAAAAGACAGCAAUGCUGAGGAUUCUACGUCAGAGAGCGCCUCAGGUCCCUCCAGCAACUCUGAGGCACAGGAGUCAGGCAUAGGACCUCUGAUAUCCUCCAAACCCUUCACCAAGAGAUAUGACAGCAUCAGUGAUGAAAUUCCAGACACUAUUCUGAAGAAAUCAUCUAGUUUUGCUGGAUUUCACAAUGACCAGACUACAGAAACAUUCAGCAGACAACAGAGUGUAGCGUCUGUUCUUCCCAGUGUGCUGCCAAGCAAGGCCUUUGAGGGGGCCCCUCAGCUUCCUUCCCUGGGCAGACUCAGGCAUUCUUCCGCCCCCUCAGGGCAUGGUACACCACGAAGCAAACCUUCCACUGUCCCACAGACGCCAUCUUGGAUCUCCUCAAGAGGGAGUUACACUGAAGAAGGGUAUGAGGGGGGAACCAGUGACAGUGAGGAUGGAACCACCGCCCUGAGUGAUGUCAGCGGCCUCCGUCAUCCCUUCCCCGAGUUCUGGCUCAUCCUGCAGGUCAAGGACGACUGUGUGGACAUGUACUAUCACUCAAGAGAGACUGGUUUGGCAAAGGAGAGUGGGGAUUUACUGGAACAGAGAAAACUCCUGUCUGUUGUAAAAAAGAAUAUAGAGGCAUUGUGUCGGAAAGUCAAUCAGCUUCUACUCCUGAAUGACCUGUACGAGACUCGUAUGUGUAAGAAGCUGCUGGUCGCUGAAGCAGACGAAGAUGUGUCGUGGAAUGUGGUGGACACCAUCCCCGGGAAACCCCCCUCCUCCCACUCCGAGGACGAGGAGGACACUUUUACUGGCCAGCAGUACCUGGCUGCAGAGAACAAGUACCUGCCCGGUCACUUUGAGUGUGAGAGCGUGAUGACUCAUAGGUUCGUGGUCCACCCCCGCCUCAAAACAGGACCUGCAGGGAGGUCUAACGUCAGCAGAGGUGUUCAGGUUUUAAGAACGGUGCUGAAUAAGUUCUCUGUAAACAACAGGAAGAACAUGUUUGUGGUCAAAGAACUGGUGGACUCAGAUCUAGUGUAUUACCUAAGACUACAAGAGGUGUCUCCGAGCAUCCUGUCCAGACAAGUGUCCAGCAUCAGCACCGAGGACAUCGGGUUGUGUGACUCAUCUAGUUCUCAGAUGUUUGCUGCUAGAAGAGAUGAGAUGACCUUGGCUUCUGACAAGGACACCGACUCCAUCUCUGUGACCUCGAUAGGGAGUUCCACCCAGAGACUGCUACAGGAUCUGAUUGUAAUUGACGUGUAUGGAGUACAACCAGCAGGAACUAAACUACAACUGAACUUGAUGGACAUGCUCCAGAGGAAGUUAGACGAUGCAGUGCUGGAGAUCAUUUCUUUACAGCUGAGUAGAAACCCCAACAUCAAGCUGAUGCCUGACGACAUUAGGUUCAUUCAGAAGCCGAUGCAAGACUUGAGCCAUGAGCUGUUACUGACCAUUCCCAGCAUCCUCCCAAUCCCGCUCUGUGCCCUGAUGUACUAUCUGAAGCAGAACAUGUCGCAGUUCUCUCACGCCCCAAACUACGCCGACAACAAGCCUGAGAACAGAUUCCAGGACAAGAUUGGAAGUGUGUGCCACCCUAUUUCUGAUGAUGAGGUGUUUUUGUACAUCAGGCCUCACUCCUCGGGAGGAAAAGGAAUAGCCUGUGUGAGUGUGUCUUUGGUGGAUGGCCAGAGGCAUCGCGUGUCUCUGUUGAGGUGCCCCAAACCCUCCCGAACCAACUACAGCAAGGUGGAGACCCUGGAGGAGUUUGACUGCCUCACCCACACUGCACCCUUUAGUCCAAGGACUGUCCAGAAACCAGGUCCCACUGCCCUGGUUCAGUUCAGAGUUUGGGAGAGAGGUUCUGCUGACCUUGACACACUUAAUGAGAAGCUGAUUGGAGCAAUGAAACACGCCUUGAAUGAUGUCAUAAUGGAGUACUAUUUUCUGACCUCCUCCAUCUGUCUGGUUCCACACCAACUACAGGACAUCCUCCCCACCCCCGCCCUCUCUGCUCCCUCCUCUCCAGUGGUUACAAAAGAAUCAGUUGAGAAGAGACCUACAACUCUGUCAAGGAAGAACUCUGUGGAGAUAUCUACGAAGGUGCUCAGCACCAGUAAAACUGCCCCGUCGCCGCUACAGUUUGUCAAGGACACUUUUGGGUCGACAAGGUCACGAUUCAUGUCACCCCCACCAGACUCUUCUACAAAGUCCUUUGAGUUCCCCUCUCCAGUGGCCUCUCCAACAGUGACAUCUGGUGGCAGUGUCACUGAAAAGAUGUCUGACAAACAUCAUAUAAUCCGCCUGUAUGAGGAGGGGGAGAGGGGCAGACUGUGUCCCAUCUUCACUGACCAGAUGGCAAAGUGGCUGGAUUACUGCUACAGUCAAGGUACACCAGCAGUGAACAAACUGGAGCAAACCUUUAAAUCCAGACUAAGUUUAAACCAGUUCAUAAUGGAGUUUCAAAGUUUGGUCAAAACGGCUUCAUCUGGAGACAUCUGCCCACGGAUUUUCCGACAGGAGCCAGACCACCCCGGACAGUUCACCCAGUAUAACCCAUUCAGGAAGCCUCUACAUGCAGAAGAAAAAUAUAAAGAGAGCUCUCUUGAUUUCAAGCACUGCUAUGCAUCCACUUCAUUUGAUGCAUCUUUUAUAUUGAUUGGAAGAAAUGUUGACCAAUGGCAGGCAAGCAUUCAAGACAUGGGUGAAGAUGAAAUGGCAGACAUCAAUAUGAGACAGAGUCAGAGAGACAAAGCUUUUCCAAAGCAGUCGUUCCAGAGGUUUGCUCCGUAUUUGUCGGAGAAGCCCAGACGGGAAUCCCUGACGGAUCAGCCCUCCCAGGACUCCAUUGAGAUGUCCCCGAUCGGGUCCACCCUGUUCAUUCCCAGACAGAGGCUACUCUUUGUACUCCUGAAUGACAAAAAGCUGACAUUGUACACAUACAACUGGGCCGGGGACUCCACAGGCUCCCUCUCCAAGUCCACCACCAGACUGGUGCAAUGGCAGAACGCCCGGGUCAGUCUGCUGCACAGUGUGAUUGCACAGAAGAUGGGCUUGUUCCACCAUUGCCCAUUCUACAACCCAAACAGUAACAAGAAAAAUCCUUUUGCUGGAAGUAGCACAAAUUUAGAUGACUUGAUCAAAUGCACAGCCCCACCCAUUGAAAAGGUGCGACGUAACAACAGCAUGUCUACUGUGGUCACAUCUUCUUACCGAGCGUUUGACGAAGUCUACAAAGAUCUGAAGCCUUCCAAACCUCUACAGCACACAGAGUUCUCCAAGAUGUCCGACACUGUAAAACAGCAGUGCUAUCAGACCCAAGAUCUGAAACUACAGGAUCGUAAAGAAAUUGAGAAGCUGGAAAAACUUCGAAGUUUGUAUUUGUUGUGGAUGCAGAAGUCAACAGCAAACAUGUCCAUUAAGGAGGAUAUCCUUCAUCUCCUGAAGCAGGUAUCAAGGUUACUACAUUAUUGUGCCACACCCCUUUUGUUUGACCCAGUUUGGAGAAGGAAGGUCAUGAAGAAAUACGAGGUCACCCAGAGACAGUUGUCUGUCUCAUCUCCAACAGAAAAAGUGCGCUCCAGACACAGUUCUGGCCAAUCAGUGUCCAGUCUUAGGGCAAUGAGGACAAAUAGUCAAGAGGGUUUGAAGAAGAGGCCUGUAGUCACACCUACAGACUCGCCUGUCAAUCAACCCCGACAUCAGAGGGAGGAGGCAUGGCAUAUCGAGCUCAGACACACCUUCCUUAAACAAUACAUCAAAUAUGUUCAGUCACUGGGCUUUGUUUUAGUCAGCCUUCAACCUAAUCUUCAUGCAAAAGGAACACACAAGCGUAGAUCAUCUUAUGAGAAGUUGACAGCCCAUGCUGAGGACCACCCUUCCACGCCCCCACCCCCCUCAGGAGCCCCUCACUCUCAGAGCUCCACUUGCUACCUCCACAAGGCCAUGCCGGCUGGGAUCUUGCUGCUCAAGCUGAGCUUCAGGGAGCAGUACUUCUGUGUGGAGAUGUAUGUGUGUGAGAACACGCGCCUCGGGAUCCCUGUCAAUAAACACUUGAAGCUGUUGUUUGUGGAUGAAUGCGAGAAGUGCAAGGACAUAAUCCAUGUGCAUUCCUUCGCACAUGAUUUUCACCUGCGAUGUAUUCAGUCAUGCAUUCAGCCUGACCAGUCCUCCCCGUCAUUUUUCCGGCCACAGUAUCACCUGACUGGUUUCCUCCGGGACUUCAUGCAGGUGUAUCCGUAUCCCCCAAAGUUCUCCAGAAACUUCUUGUCCGAGGAUACAGUGUCAAUUUCCAAUCUAUCUACAAACGGAAGUGAUUUGUACAACUUCAUGGUACAGAACAACAAGCUUAUUGAACUCAAAAAGUUUGAGAUGAUCCCCAGUGUGGACCCGGAAAUUGAAAAUGAUUUCUUCUUUGUGAGAUCCACAGAGUUUGCUUUGGUGUCCCAGAAAACCGAGUCCAUCACCCUGCCUCCCAAGGGCAACAAGCCCCAGUGUGAAAACUACUUUGUUGGGCUGGUGAUUACACACAAUCCCAACACAGACACAGACAGACAAACACUCAAACUGAACUAUUUCAUUGUCCUGACUAGUCAGGCGGAACUGUUUCCCACAGACCCCGUAGAAAGCAAGUCAGGAGAGUUCAAGGCCAUGGUGCUACAGGAAUUGUCAGACCGCACCAAGGUGGUUCCUGUAAAGCAGCACAUCAGUGUAAGGAAGGCGGUGCAGAAGUUCCAGAAGAUAAGUAAAAUCCACAACCUGCCCUUGUACAAACUGCUGGAGAAUGAAAGGGACUUGGCAAGGCAAAAGAUUGAUGACAUGAUUGAAAGGUCAGAGGUGAAAUGUAGAAAGGAUUCACUGUGGCAGAGAAUGCUGAUUGGGGGAAAAUUGGAAGAGAAAGAUAAUCUUCAGAAACUAGAAUUUGAAGAGUUCUUGGAACUCCUGGGAAUGUCGGUGCAGAUGUCCUUGGAUUCGAUCGAUGCAAAACUCAUCCCAUUCCUCAACAUGAACUUCUUGUGGUACAGUGGACUGUUCAAAAAGCUUCAGGCUAAAUACCCCGAUACUCACCGAUGUUUUACGUCAUCUGACGGACUAGUGCAAUAUAUCGUUAUUUUAAAUCCCAAUUACUUGGACAUGUUUUCCAUGUUAAUGACAAAUGCUAAAGAUAAUCGAACUUUUCUGGGAGCUGUGUACAGAGACUCCCUGUACGAUCAGGUGGACACCGAAGAGUGCCCCAAUCAUCCAGUCCGCAGCGUAAACCUCCACCUGGAGGAGUUUGUCAAUGUGUGCAGCUUCCACCUCUGGUCAUCCAUGCUUUAGCCAGUCCUCUGGGAACACUUUCAUUGUCGUUUACUUGAAAAGUGGACUUUUGGGUAAUAACAAACACAAACCAAAGUUGUGCCGAAUUUAACAAGGUUUUUAUUUCUAAAAACUGCCAUCACUAUUCCAACAGAAGUUGCAUCAACUUAUGUGUUCAUGAUUUCCAAAAUUGGAACUUACCCAUAGAUGGUGGUCUAGAUGACCAACUUUGGGUAUCAGAAAGAUUGUUUUAUCAACAUCUUGGAAUUCAUGUACAUGUAUAUUGUUACAUCCAACUGAUAGAAAAUAAUCAAGUGUGCAUCGUUUACCAGAUGCAUAAUAACGGAAUCAAAUUUAUUACAAAUUGAAGAAACUAUACCAGUAAUUGUGAAGUCUGGAUUGACUCUAAAUUGAUUCUAAAUGGGAGAAAAGUAAACAUGACUGCUUAUGCUUUCACUUUUACAAGCUUUAUAUUUUGGAUGUACGUGUCAGGAAUGUUUAUGAAUAGCUUACUGACUCAAUUAAGUCAUAUUGUUUUUUGUUGCAAUUUAUAUUAAAGAUCAAAACUAAA